AUGAGCGAAAAGAAUGUUGAUAUUGCUCCUUCGCAACUUGGAACUAAAGACUUCUGGGAUAACCGGUAUGAAAUGGAGCUCGCUAACUUCGAAGAGCACGGCGACGAAGGGGAAAUAUGGUUUGGAACAGCGGCAGAAAACAGGAUUAUCAAAUAUCUGAUCGACUCGAAAACAGCAAAAAAUUCAGAAAUUCUCGAUUUAGGAUGUGGAAACGGAUCAGUUUUGAGAAAAUUGAGGUCAAAAAGGUUUUCGAGAUUGACAGGAGUUGAUUACUGUCAAAAAGCAGUCGAUCUGUCGAAUGCGGCUUCGAAAGCAGAAAAAGAAGAGGAUAAUGAAGAAGGAAUGAUCGAUAUCGAAUUUGAGCAAUUAGAUAUUACUGCUCCUCGACCCGACUUCCUAUCUUUACAAUUCGACGUAGUUCUUGACAAGGGAACAUGGGAUGCAAUGAGCCUUUCAGAAGAACGUGGCGAUCGGCUGAAGGCGUACACCGAUCUUCUCGACAAAGUGCUCAAUAAGAAUGGUCGCUUCGUAGUCUUCUCCUGCAAUUUUACUCUAAAUGAGCUUCAAGAGCAAUUUGGUGGUUCGAUUCUGGAGAUGGUGUGUGAAGUGCCAGCGACUCAUAGCUUUUCUUUCGGUGGAAAACAAGGUGUCACUUCAACCGGUGUCGUCUUCCGGAAGAAGGCCUCAUAA